GAGCGUAGUUAACGAAAGGUACGAUUGAUGGUAUCGCAGUUGCCAGAUGUGCAUUACCAAAGAGACGGUCUACAUAAGUCCACGUAAAUUCUUUUCGAUUUCAUUAUCAUUAUUACUGAUAUAAGAAAUUAAUUGUACCCACCUUUUUUUACAUGGAUCAUUAUUUAAUCAAAUUCGAAGUGUCUUCAUUUCGAAGGUAAUAUCGGCACGCGUGGAAUACAUGAUAUAAGAGAUAGCGGUGUCACGGGAAAUAAAUCUGAUAAAAAUGACGUGGUGAAGAUACGCUUAUCGUUUGACGACAGCGUCAAGGGAGUUACAAGAACAGAAUGGAGGAAAGCACAAGUUCGGAGAAUGUUUGGCACAAAGGUAAGCCUGAGGAACAAAGCGAGCUGUUUCAUGGGGAAUCUACGACUACAUCCGUAGAAGCUAAUUCUACAUCGUUAGCUGAUAUAUUUGAUACAGCAUUUACAUCGACGGUUGAUCCAUCUCCGCAAUCGCGGUUUCCCUCAGGUAAUGAAAUGGAAUAUGAGCAUUUAUUUGCGGAAAGUGAUAUCGAGGAGUCAGACGUAACAGCUAUCGGUCCUUAUACGAAUUCGGCUCGUCCUACUGCUUCCGAGAAUAAUUUUGUUUAUGGCAAUUAUUUAACGCAACCAGAUACAACUAGUGAUUCACAAGAAUAUUGGCAACCUGAUCUCCUAAAUUGUAACAUGUGCCAAAAUAGACAGGAGAGGAAUUCUAAGAAAGAAUCGCCUACUCGACAAUCGAAUAAUCCGUGUGAGGAGAGAGCGUGUGAUAAUUAUAGGAGAAAGAGAGUUUUGCACGAUCGUGAUUUGACGGUUAAACAUAAAACUAAGAAGAGUGAAGACCAGAAAUUAUUGAGUGGUCAGCAACCGGAUAGUUUGAGUAUAGCUGGACCAUCUAGAUUGUCAGAACAUCCUGUUUCAAACAAUGUUACGCGAUCGACAGAGAACACGGAUGUUUUACAAAAUUUAGCAAGUAAUAAUGCCAAUGAGUCUAAUAGUUUGUAUCAUUCAGUUAUGUCGAAUGUGAUAACUCCUCAAGAAGUGCACUCAGUACAUACAUCUCAAAAUGAUGAUACACCAUCGGCACCAGAUUUGCAACUAGAUUGGUCCUCCAGUAGUGAUAGUGAUGAUGAAGAUGGCUCAGUUGAAGUACUUGGAACUGUUAAUCAUAAUACCAAAAACUCUUUAGAAAAUACGAAUGAAGAUAAUCGUACAGUCACUGUAGUUGAUUUAACUGUAGAGUCCGAUGAAGAGUACACUCCAAGAGUACACACUUCUAUGCCAACAAAUCCCGUAGUCACAAACCCAUGGUCGGCAGAUUAUAAUCAUAGAAGCAAUCCGCACUGUACGCUUGCGGAGUAUCACAAUCGUAUGCGGCAUGUUAUGCAUAACAGCCGUAUGUAUCACAAUUACAGGAUGCACGAUCACUCGGGUUGUGGAUCUGUAGGAGAUGCAUCUGCCAAUGUAACAAGACCACGCAUGCAUCCUGUCCAAGAAAGAUUGUGGAUGAAUCAACAGCGUAUGCAGGAAGUGCAUAGACGAAGACUUUACUUACACAGAUCUUCGUUACAUCACGGUAAUGCGGGACCAUGUAAUGUGCAUUCAUCGACGCAACACACCUGCGGCGGGAACGGAAACAACAGCCCUCCGAGCACUCGGUGCAACAAUACAACGGACAGCGCAGCGUACACGGAAAAUUAUCUUCCACCCCCGAUUUUACCGCAGCCGCAGCAACCCACCGUUUACAGUCAUCCCGAGGCUCGAGGGCCGUCUAGUUUCUAUAGGGCACCCUGCCCCGUGCUGCCUAUAAUCGUAAAUCCGUUGAGCGGUGUGGAAGAAAUGGAACCAACUCCUCCAGUGAUGUUACCCUCAAUGCCGGUACAUCAACAUGUACAUCAUCACAUGUAUCAUUACGAUCCGCAUCAACGGCCAUCGCAACGCAUGCACCACGUUCACAUUAGUUUCCAUCCCCAUAUACAAGGAUCUGGCACGCACGAUAUAAUGCCGUUCCCACCGAUGGGUCUGCCGGAUUUGGUGUUGCAAGGAGCGCGUCACGUAUCCACUCGACUGGACAAUUAUAUGCGGAUCGUUGAUUUGCGACGUAUGGCUCAUAUAAGUUGUGGGGCUACGCAGGAGUCCAUCGAAAGCCACACAUUCCCUCACAAAUACAAACGAGUAAAGAAAGUCAAAAAUGGGGAAGAUGCUAUCGAAAAGUGUACAAUAUGUCUAUCCGAAUUUGAAGAUUGUGAGAGUGUCAGGAGGCUUCCAUGUAUGCAUUUAUUUCAUAUUGAUUGCGUUGACCGAUGGUUAUGCACAAACAAGCGUUGUCCUAUAUGCCGAGUGGAUAUCGAGACUUUUCUCCACAAGGAGCUCACUACUUCGGCAUAGUUUAAGGUUUCUCAUAUCUGCCUCUUUUUCAAGUAUAAUCAGGUAACAUUUGUAUGAUAUCAAAUAUUUCAAGAUGAUCCAUCCAGGUGAAAAUACGCUGGGUUACCACUACUACUAUGGAUUAAUGGUGUAAAAAUGUUAUGGAUAAUCAAAAUAAUAACGAAUGAUGAGUUCCUCAAGAAGACGAGAAGAGUUGUCACCGUUCACAAUUUUACGGUAGAUCUAACCGUGGUUGGUUUUAUGCAUACUGAUAAUUAUUAUUAUUAAUAUUACAUGACUAAAUUCUUUUAUAUCAUAUUACUGCUUUUAUGCUAAAUUAUGAAUAUUCACUUUAUUUUUAUCUUUCUUAUAUAAGAACGCAAAAUCUCUGUGUAAAAAAACGUACGAAAUAAUUUACGGUUUUAUGGGAAAUAUAUUACGCAUAACUUUUUGAGUACGUGCCUAAAUCUACAGAUUUUUACAGUUCGGCAAAUCGAUUUGAUUCUACAUCGACGUAAUGUUAUAUUUGUGAUAUACAAUUACACAUAUGCAUAUAUUGUACGCGUAUUUGGUAUAUAUCUCAACUUACGAGAAUACUGGAAUUUUUAUUCUAACUAUUUCAUUAAACUGAUCAUGUAAAUUUUUGUAAUACCUGCAUUAAAUUUUAUGACCUCGAUAUCUAUAUAGCAGCACAUCUAUUAUUAAUAUCAAUCUAACAAAAUUAGCUUUUAUCUAAUUUUGUUUGUCUCUAUUGACAUGUAUUUAUAAUAGGCUUAAAUUUUCUAUUCUGCAUAUAAUAUUAGCAUAUAUCCGUAGUUACUUGUUGCAGAUUAUUAUUCAAUAAUUUUCGACAUUAGAAUACUGUUCUAUGUUGCGUUUCUUAAGCAAUUUGUUUCAUUACAUAUUUCCCUUCAUGAAUAUUAUUCAGCAAGUUAAAAUGCAGCGUCAAUUUAAAUAAAACCGAAAAUGAUGACAUAGACUUAUAUUGAAGGGCAAUUGUUCAUAUGAAUUCCUCCGAAUACUAUUACCGAUGCUAAGCCAAAGACUUAGCUUAAGUUGUAAGCGUACAGAAAUAUCUGCAUAGAGUGAAUAAGCGAUUUCGAAUUAAAGAUAAUUGUGCCGUUGCACUUAUAAAAAAACUACUAAAAAAAUCACCGUACUGUCGGGCCUUACAUAUAUUGCCACUCUUGUAUAUAUGUUCUGUUACAUAAUAGAAUCAAAAACUACUGCUGUUCUACAACAAUCUGUAGUAAAAAAAAAACAUUUUUACCAUAUUAGUAUCUUCAGUAUCCAAAUUAAUAUUGUAACGCGAAUAAUUUUAUUUUGUUAAUACGUGCGAUAUUAUAAUAGAUAGCAUUAAAAUAUACGAGUAAUAUCAUACAGGAUUUCCUGUUCUGCUCCGGUUUGAUAUUUAAUGAAUUGAGACGGAAAACACUAUUGAUCGUGACAAAUAGCUUCGUGAAGCUGUACAUUUUUAUUUUAUGAAUUUUAUCGUUUGAACGUAUAAUGAUCCCAUAUAAUGUGUUACAUUACUGAUAAAUGAUUAUUAUUGAAAACAUUUUUACACUGCCAUGUAACAAAUUACUACUUAACUACUUACCAGAAUUAACUUUAUUAUUAUGGAACGAAUAAAAUAUCUCACGGCUGUUUUAUUUUAUACGAUUUAUUAUAUAUAGGAAACACUCUAACAACUGUUUAACCGAGUACAUUAAUACUUCAAUUGUUUAAUUAAAGUGUUUCGGGGAGGUGGCACGUAAUGCGUCCUAUUUUAAGGAUCAUGAAAAAAAAAAAACAAGAAAGAUACAUUUGCCAUAUACAAUCAAGUAGUUAGAUAUAAUUCAAUUUCUUAUUUUGCAAAAUAAGAACAAAUGGGUAUAUAAAAUACAUGUACCUCUAUAUUAACUACAUAAUUAUGACAUAUGUAUAUCGGAAAACAAUAAUUUUAUAUACUUUCAUAAAUAGUAAGAAUUUAUACUGUACAUAAUAAAUCUAGGGUGAUAAUGCAAAAUUGUAUUGACUUACUGUUGCAACAUUAGAGUAAACGUUAUACAAAAUACAUGAAUCAUAAAAAAGCA